AUGAAGAGAGCAAUCAAGUCGUUCUUUGGGAUCAAGUCAAAAUCCAAAAAGGACAAGGACCAUCUCUCGGAGAAUACGAGGACCAGUGCUGUUAAUUCCACUUUGAACUCAGCAGCAGAUCCCCAUCGUCGCAGUAGCAACUCAAAUCGGCUCUCCGUCAUCGCUCAUGAGGGUGCAAUUGAGCCCUAUGGUCCGCGGCCCACCCGAGAUAUCAUCGAGGUCCAACAGCGCCUACAUGCCUCUACCUCCAAUUCAGCACAGUCGUCCACUCCUUUGCGGCCCAGACCCAGACCCCUGUCAGAAAUCGCCCACAAUCACAGCAGAACAAGAACACGCUCUGCCACAGUCUUCAAUGCUGUCACUCAACCCGAACAGACCGAUGUCCAAGCUGCUCGUCGCCUCUACUUUCGCCAACCCCAACUGGUCGACAGAGGCGCAGGCGUUGGUGGGCCCGCGCCAGCUACCCUUCAACCUUCUGAGGGUAGUUCUUCUGACAAGUCCAGCCAAAAUGGUCACAUUAAGAAGUCUCAAUCCACUAGAGCUAGUGCUGCUGCAGCAUCCCAGGUAGUAUAUGGUAAUGAAACCCCGUGCCAGACGUACCACUGCGUCGCGCGUUCGUCCCCUCCUCUUUCAACUGCCCACCCUGCCCAGGAUCGAAGCUAUGGAGCAGAUCUUCGUCAGGAAGCAGCGCCUGAUGACAACGACACCCCUUUCAGUAUCAGGAACUCAUCAGACGACAGCGAUAAGCCGAAGGUGAACCGCAAGACACCUAUUUGUGACUUUGGCACUCUUCGAUCAACCUGUGAUGGUGGAAACAAGCAGGAGGAUUAUGCUGGCAAGGUGGAUAUUGGCGAUAGGGAGAAAGAGCAGCCGCAGGACUCGGCUGGUGUUUGCAUCCAGACUACUCCAUCUCGCCAACAACCCAGUAGUCACCAGAACUACCAGCAUCGUGAGCAGGACCAUGGAUAUGGACAUGGACAGGGAUCUCCUCAAGCGCCUCAGUAUCGUGCGCCAUAUUUGGAGCGAUCUCUCCCUCCGUUGCCCCAUCUAGACGCAGAACCUAAUCCGAUUUCGCAGGACGACCCCAAGAAACGCUUCAGCGUCAACAGCUUGGCUAGUCGAUCCAUCUUCAACAAGCAGUCAGACUCGGGAGUCGAAUCGUGCACCUCCAAGAAGAAGACUCCCUCUUUCAAGGGCAAAGGCACCAAUCGAAGCAACACCCAACCCGAUGCUUCCACCAAUGUCUCGCCAAAGGACCGACAGUUCAACUUGGAUGUCGACCAAUUCAUAAUGGACAACGUCAUUCCUGACCUGGAGAAACACCCUUAUCGCAUCAGUCUCAAGGACAAGCUUCGUGUGGAGGCAAGAGCACAUGCACAAAGGCUAGCCGAGGAGCGGGAAUUUGACCAAGCAGAAGCGAUCCUUCUUCAGCAAUAUCAUGACGAUAUCGCUACAACACCAAGGGGUCCUGCACCAACGACCUUGCAGGAACCCACCUCAGCAACAUCUCAGCCUCAACCCCUUUCGAUCCAGCCCAAGGGUGCCCCUUCUAUCCCUAUCCUCUCCAUCUCUGACUCGCCUCCUAGUCGAACCACCUCCACUACCGUAGAGUCAAAGCGACUCUCAAACACUACCUCUCGUGGAACCUCUCGCGGGACUGCGCGUCGGAUCAAAUACAGUGCUGACUUUGUAAACGGUCUUCCCAAAGGCCAUAUUGCUCGCGAAUGCAACAGUGAGAUUGUCCCGACCAAACGACUCAGUGCCAAUUCGGCUAGGACAAACAACACCUCUGCCAGAAGCUACACCACCACUCAUGUUAUGACAACGGCGGAUAAUCUGGAUGGAGUACCAGGUGGACCGGCCCCGGCAGCUGUUACGCUGAUCAUUCGUCCCGAGAGCCGUGGCAAGUCUCCUCGCAUUAUCAACAAGCAGGAAUUCAACAACACGUUCGGUCGAUCAUCUGUUACUGGUAGCAUCCACAGUGGUCCGAGUGAGAGUGAGGAGCGAGGAUCGGAGCAGUACAUGGAUGUACGCCCUCACAACACCCGAACAGUUGAAACUAAGCGGUUUGCUGUUGUCACAACAAAGGAGCGAGUGCAGGGACGAGAUGCGAAUCCUGAGCGAGGGAUGGGCGAAUUUUUAGAUCAUUUGUCAGAUAAAGCCUCGAUUGGACCUAGAGCCGGUCAGCACGUAUAUGCCAACCCUCAGGACAUCAUGUCGUCUUGGCUCCGACCAGCCCGGAUGAGAUCGUUGGAUGUUGUUCUGAAUUGUAUCGAUUGGUUGCCCUUGGAGGAUAUGGACGACUCGCCCUUUGGCUCCAACACAUCGAUCCAUUCAAUUCUACCAUUUUACAUGCCUGAAAGAACUUCGACGCCACCAAUUGUGUCACCAGCAGACGAGGAAGGUGGCGAAGUAGGAGAUGAAACCGCGCCUUGUUCUCUCGACGACAAUUCGAUCAGUAAUUCAGCCAGCACCGAAUCAACAGACGACUCCAACCUUGCCUCGGCGCUUAUCGCUGAACCUUCGACUGAUGCACAGGCUUGUGGACCACCGGUGUUGAUCAAUGGACUCACAGUCGAGGAACUCAUCAACAGCGUCCGAUUCGAAUCUGAUCGCGAGGGAUCCCCUGGCUUCUAUGGUCCUAGAGAAUUCGAGCGAGACCAGGCGAGGAGACGCAAGGAGGCCCAAGCGAAAAAGGAGCAAGAAAAAACGGCUGCGAAAGUUGCAAAGGCUGCAACUUCGAGUGAGAGGAUAAUGGGAAUGGUGUCUACACUUUGGUCGCAGAUGACACAGACCACAGUUCCGAAUACCACUCCACCUUCUAUGAUCACAGAAUAA